AUGUGGAACAGGACUACUAAUAGCGGCUCUCAGUGCACUCCAUACAUUCGUGAUAUCAGAAAGCUGCAAAGCAAUGAAUUCUAUCGGGUUGACAUUGGCGAGACUGAGAUUCCAGAGAGUCUUAUCACCGGGGACAUCAUCAGGCCUACAUCAAUGAAUAUCACUGAAAACCGACAAACCUGGAGCCUCCUCCAUGCAGGCGGCCACAAGGGAUGGGUGCCGUGGAAUUACAAACUUUUAUUUCACUGCAACGGGGUCUCACCGAUUAAACCAUCUGCUGAGAUAUUUGAGGAAUUAUGCUACAGUUUGAGAGAAAAUUACGGAAAAUGUGCAAUUGUGGUCGAUCCACACAACUCAAGGGCUUCAAUGCGUGGGUAUGCAUCGGGUUCUUGGAUGACUUUUCAUCACCUGCCUUCGGGCCCGGUGGAAUUUACACUCAUAACCUGCUGCCCCUCGGUAGCGCGUUCUUACGGCCACGAACUUCUCCAGCUGCCCUUCCAAUGCGCGCACUUGAGUCCUCUGAACAGUGCAUGGUCUACAGUGAAGUGGUUUGCAAACAAUAACCGAGGGAAAUACUCUGAGACCAUCUACGACCAUGACACUCGGCAUAAAUUCGUCUACUGGAUUGAACUAAUGGAAGGGGCUUUGAAGAUAAUGACCAAGAGGAAAUGGGAAGAAGCCGGCUCUAGAGUAUGGAAAAAUGAGAGCAUUUACCUCAAUGACUGACUGACAUUAAUGGUGUACCCAACCAAACUCUGAGUUCACGUCGUUGAUUAACAAUUGAAGUGCUGAACCAGAAAGCAUGACAAGCGUCCAUAUUCAUUUCAGA